AUGUCUAAUACUGUUGAACAAGGACACACUUUCGAAACCAGAGUUAUUCAAAUGUUAAAUUGGUUAGGUAUGUGGGCUAAUCAUAGUGGACAGUUGAUAAGUUGCAUUAAUGGCAAUCUUAAAUAUGACCCAAUUAACAAACCAUGUGCAUUAGCAUUAGCCUUAGCAUUAAUGGUUGUAAAUACUAAGUUGACAUUUCCAUUAGGUACUCUUUUAAAUACUAGAAUUAAUAUGGAUACUCCUGAUCCUGUACCUCUAAACCUAUUAAUUACGGCUAUUAAAAGUGUUAUCUAUUACUAUGAUUGUUGUUCUUCUAUUACUUAUGGUGCUAAAUCGGUAGACCAAACUUGCGAUGUUCCCGCGACAGUAGAUGGUUGGUUCGUCAAUGUCCUCGUCGCGAUGGGACGUUCGAAAUGGUAA